UUUCCUUACGGACACAUUUCACUGAACUCUCCCAUAUGUCAUCAUAUGCUACCCGUUAGCUGGUUUUAACAGCGUUGUCCCAGCCUAAUUCCAGGGGCAGUGCCGUUUUUGUCCCCGCUGUGAAGUUAAUGUGUUGUUGUGAUCUGAAGAGAGUCUGUCUGUGGAGCAGCGCCGCCGCGGACGCCUCCCUGCUGAUAGUUAGCUAAGUGCUAACUGCUGCGGUGACACCUGCAAACUCGCAUGCGUCUGUCACACACAGACAGCGGCUCAUCUGGGAUCAAGGGGGACUGACACAGCCUUUCCUUGUAGACAUCAUGGAGCUCCAGGCGGUGCUGAUGGCAGCAGGAGGCGGUUCACGUAUGACGGAUCUGACUUACAGCACUCCCAAACCCAUGCUGCCGGUUGGCAACAAACCACUGAUGUGGUAUCCCCUCAACCUGCUUGAGAGAGUGGGCUUCGAAGAGGUCAUUGUCAUCACCACCAAAGAAGUCCAGAAGAUGAUGAGCACAGACCCCAAAAUGAAGCCGGACGUAAAGAUGAAGAUGGAGGUUGUUUGUGUCCCGGAAGAUGGAGACAUGGGCACCGCCGACGCUCUCAGACACAUUCAGCAGAAGAUCAAGACCGACAUCCUGGUGGUGAGCUGUGACCUUAUAACCGACGUAGCGCUUCAUGAGGUGGUCGACCUUUUCCGGGCCCACAAUGCAACUCUGGCCAUGUUAAUGAGCAAAGCCUACGAGUUCACGGAGACGGUGCCGGGCCAGAAAGGGAAAAAAAGGACAGCUGAGCAAAGGGACUUUGUUGGUGUCGAUCAGUCGGGGAAGAGACUGCUCUUUAUGGCCAAUGAGGCAGAUCUAGAAGAUGGGCUUUCAGUGAGGAAGUCCAUCAUAAGAAAACAUCCCAGGAUGCACAUCAAAACAGGCCUGGUGGACGCUCACCUCUACUGUCUGAAAAAAGCAGUCGUUGACUUUCUCACAGAAAACAAGUCCAUUUCAUCAAUCCGUGGAGAAUUAGUACCGUAUUUAGUGCGCAAACAAUUUUCCAACGCCGUUAACAGUCAGAAAGUGAAAGACGAUUCUGAGGAUCAGACCCAGAAAAACAGCGAAAGCUCCACAAACCAUGAGCUCCUCAUCUCAUCGCGGGACGAGUCUCUGCUCCAGCUAGCCCAGGAGCGGUCCUGUUGGAACGACCACCGCGGUGACAUGUGCGAGGCGUACCACGGAGGAAAGCUUCGCUGCUAUGUUCACAUUAUGGACCAGGGCCUGUGCUACCGUGUUAACACUCUCGCCGCUUACAUAGAGGCAAACAGACAGGCCCCGAAGCUGUUCGAUGAACCACCAGUUCACUCAUCUGCUGCCAUUUCUGAGAGAUGUCAGGUGGGAUCGGACAGCAUCAUCGGAGCUCAGUGCCAGAUAGCAGAUAAGACUUCCAUAAAAAGAUCCACUAUCGGAGUCUCCAGCACAGUGAAAGAGAGAGUCAAAGUCACCAACUCCAUUGUCAUGCACGGAGUUACCAUAGAGGAGGGAUGCAACAUCCAAGGCAGCGUAAUCUGCAGUAAUGCAAUCAUUGGCAGGGGAGCAGACCUCAAAUAUUGUUUGGUUGGAAACGGACAACGAAUUGAGCCAGAAGUGAAAACACCAUUUGUUCACCGGUUACGUGAGGGAGCCGUGAUUGCCUUUCCACUUCUGCACUUCCGCGCUUCUGCAGCCAGAACGAGGCUACCCUCAUCCUGGCUGCGAACCCCGCUAUGUCUGCAGGCACAAAACCCAUCUGUGUCAUUAAAGCUCAGUGUGAAAUAUAUUUUGCUUCUGCUCUGACUGAAUUUCCAAUGCGUCUUGAAUGUCUAGUGGAACAUUAAUAUAAUUGAACAUCAAAUGACUCAAAGGAUUAUGCGUCCUAAUGUCGGCUGGUCGUGGGUUUUACGUGGUUUAUUUAAUCCCUCAUUUCACUGAUAAAUCGCUGAUUUUAAAUCAUAACCAUCACCAUAGGUGGACUUGUGAGAUAUUUAUUA